AGGCGGGACAGGUUUURAAUUUUCCAAGAAAAUCUAYCGAAGACCACGCUAUCCUCGAUGAGCCAUUUACGUCGUCGUUACGUGCYUUCACACUUUCCCUAURGGUCCAAGUGGACACAAGCGGUGRUARUCAUACYCCGUUCUCGUAUGCUUCCAAGUCYCCGUUAYACAGCGAWGCAAUAAGCAUCUUUAUUUAUCACUCCGCUGUUGGAACUUCAAUAAUYGACUUUUUUAGGAAUAAUUAUGGCAUUAGCCUUAUUGACAACAAGUGGCAUCAUAUCAGCCUUACUUGGGAAAACACMAAUGGCAACGCAWAGUUGUACAUAGAUGGCGUAUUACGAAGCUCUUGGAUCACAMAGCAAGGGAAAGUCAUCAGCAAGGGUGUGCUUGUGCUUGGCCAAGACCAAGACRKCUACAGGRGUGGUUUUGACAGCUCGCAGGCUCUGAAGGGAAAUAUAGCCAGCGUAAACCUUUGGAGUAGAGUUUUCUCUUCAGGAGAAGUGUCAGCCCUGGCCAUGACAUGCCCGACUAUUGAGGGCGAUAUUGUACAAUGGUCAACUUUGAAGACGAAGGCUGCUGGCUUGUUGUCUUACAAAAAGACAAUCUGA